AUGUCGUCUCCACUUGCCCAAGAUCCAGCUACAAUUGUAAGAGCAGCAUUUGCUGAAAAUAUAGCCCAGCUUGCAGAAACUGCUUUAAGGGUUGUAGAAAUGAUGCAGCUCAGUGAUAUAGAAGAUACAGAGGAGAAGGAAGAUACUACAGACUUUUCAACAUAUGACCAUGAACUGCAAGCAUUACAAGAGAUAAUACAAGAGAAAGUUGUACAGUUAUUGAAUGAUGCUGAUAACUCUGUGAAGAGAGCCCUACUUGACAAUGGUAUCACAAGACUGUGUGUCUUCUUUGGAAGACAGAAAGCUAAUGAUGUUCUUCUGUCACAUAUGAUAACAUUCCUAAAUGAUAAGGCUGACUGGCAUUUACGUGGAGCAUUCUUUGACAAUAUUGUUGGAAUAGCAGCUUAUGUCGGCUGGCAGAGCUCAGAAAUUGUGAAACCUCUUUUGGAACAAGGUUUAUCAGAUCAGGAGGAGUUUAUUGUUCACAAGAGUUUGGGAGCUCUCAAGUCGCUGACUGAGCUGGGCCUUCUACAGAAACAGAUGUUACACUACUUUGUGAAGAUUGUAGUGCCACUUCUAGCUCAUCCUGGUAUGUGGAUACGACAAGGCAGUGUAGGGUUUGUGUCGGCAAUAGCAGCCAAACUGAAUAUAGCAGAUAUACACUGUAACCUGCUACCUUCUAUAGAACCCUUUCUUACUACAAAAAUACUUCAGAUAGAAAAGGAGGUAUUGCUGUUAAAUGCUCUACAAGAACCAGUGCCAAGAUCAGUAUUUGACUAUGUUUUACGGUCUCCUAUGGUUGAGAGGAUAUUUGCUAUUCUGCAAGAACGCCACUACAUGAGGGAUAUCAGCAGACAAGGCCACAAACCUGCCUACCCUGAGAUGGAUGAUUCCAUGUCACAGAUAUUCAAGAAGUUGUCAUUUCUUGGCUGUACAGAGUCCCACGAGGAUAAGAUACUGGCAAUGAAAGAGUUCAUUCUGAAGUUACAUAGAGCUAGAGCGGGAUCUGCUGAGUCAAGCACAAACAGUGAUUCCGAGGGCAGAAAAACAGGCUCAUUAGACCUUUAUACACUCCGCUAUAUGCCAACACGUAGACAUGCUGACCUGUACAAACUUAAAGAUGGGAAACCAGAAAACCAUACCUCUCCAAGCACGAGAAGUAAAAAGAAAUCACCUGGUCCAGAGGCACAAACACAAAACAUGAACCCAGAAUGGAAGAGCAUGUUUGGUUCCAACUCUUCUGAUAAAUCCCUCAGUUCAUCUCCAAAGUCUAAGGCCUCUCAGAAGCUGGAAACCAGUGACCGUAAAAUUUCAACACCAACUGGUUCCCAGGCGUCGUCAACAGGAAGUCUGGUCACUGUUUCCGGGCUCUCACUUGAUAGCUCUAUCAGGUCGGGAACCAUCAAGGGAGAAAGGCAGACACAACAAACUCGCUACGCCAAUUGUAAGCUAGACUUGAGAACCCUCGUUCACAAGAGAAGGGCCCAAUAUUCCUCAGACUUGGCUACCAGGGAUAUGUUAGAGGGUAUAUUGUGGGACAGUCGACCCCCACCUAGUAACUGGAAACCCAGGGGCCAGUUGGUAGCUCAUCUCCAUGAACAUAGAGGGCCUGUCAACAGGAUUGCUGUGUGUUAUGAUCACAGCUUCUUUGCUACAGGCUCCAAUGAUGGUUUGGUCAAGCUGUGGGAGUGUGGAAGAUUAGAGGGUAAAAAUAUUGCAAACAGAUCAAAACAAACACUGAAACAUGAGGGCCAGGUGAAACAUGUAACAUUCUUUGAAGGUUCACAUCAGUUUGCAGCAUCAACAGACAAGGGAACAAUUAAUGUUUAUGAACUGGAAUCUGGGAAAGCUAGUUUACUAGACAGUCAUACGGUCAAUGUGCAAAGUCAAGGACAUGUUGUUGACAUGGCACAUUUUGAUACAGGUCACCAGUCAGUUUUAGCAUAUGCCACAGUCAAUGGUCAUCUAGUUGGCUGGGAUCUAAGAUCACCAGACCUUGCCUGGGUCCUGAAAAAUGAUCCCAAAACAGGUUUGAUCACAUCAUUUGCUGUGCACCAGUCUCAGUGUUGGUUAGGUAUAGGUACAAGCAGUGGUACACAUAUAUGUUGGGACCUGAGAUUUCAGCUCCCUAUAACAUCUAUAGUUCACCCAGCAGGAUCCCGUGUAAGGAGACUGCUUGCCCAUCCUAAAGAACAGUCCUGGGUGAUAUCAGCAGUACAGGGCAACAAUGAGAUAUCUAUGUGGGAUAUUGAGACUGCUGCACGGAGGAAAGCUCUCUGGGCCAGUUCUGUACCAACUCUGUCUAAAACACAGGAAAGUCCACAUGCUAUCUAUGGUAUGCAUGUUGGUGUAACAGACAGUAAUACCUUCCUUCUAACUGGCGGUUCAGAUAUGAGGGUGCGAUACUGGGAUCUCAGCUACCCUGCUAACUCUUUCAUCAUGGCAAAUGCUGCUGGCGAUCCCACACAGCAGACAGCUGUUAGUUACAGGUCGCGAAUUAUCGAAGGUACAGAAGUAAUUGAGGAAACUUACUCCAAAAAGCAGACCAGUUCAGAAGACAUUCCACGCCGGGGACCAGACGCCCCGCCCCAGGGACAUAAUGACAUUAUAACAGAUGUUUCACUGUGCCAGGCUUCACAGUGUCUUGUGUUGACAUCCUCACGAAAUGGUGUGGUCAAAGUCUGGAAAUAGAAUUUUAUUAGGACUGGAAAAACCUUGCAGAUGUGUUUUCUGUGUUAUGUCAUAUUAUUGCAAAAAUUAUGCAAAUAUAGAAGAAAUGAAAAGAAGAUUGGUCAAUACAGCACAUGUUUUAAAUGUGUCAUUAUGAAAAUUGAAAUUUUAAGUCCAACAACAGUAACAACGCUUAAAUUCCUUUUUUUUUUCAGUAAAUUAGAAUGUUGUUAAAGUCAAAUUAUGUAAAAAAAAAAAAAAAAAAAGUUCACAAGGAAUAUGACCCAAACGCAACAGUGGGGUGUAUAGGUUUCUAUUUUAAUACUCAAUUUGAAUAAGUGUGUCACCAGAACAUGUCAAACAGUUAACUUAAAAGCAGUAUGUAAUAUCAGUUUGAUAAUAUUAUAUAGAAAAACGUAAGCAGUACGCCAAAGCUUCAGUCAUGGAAGAAUAUAUUGAGAGUUGAAACAAUUUGUUCAUACUUCUGCAUUUAGGAAAUUAAUAGAUUGUUAAAAGUUAUGGCAUGUUUAUGUUUUGGGACUCUAUUUCAUUGGUUAACCAUUUUAUUGUCAUCUACUAGUAAUUGGUGAGAGGUAAUUAGAGGUUUGUGGAUCACGGCAAGGCAAGCUGUUUCUCUGAGACACCUACCUAUGCUUUUGUCUAUGUUCAUAUUCUCCUAUUCUGCCCUUUAUUGCCAGAUAUCUGGCAGGAAGGCAUUUGGUAACCAUUGGUUAACUAGAUGUUGACACACCAUCAUCCCAUUUGGAUUCCAACCAUGGACACACUAACCAUUAUACCACAUUUUUAAUAUAUUAUGUGCCAUUCAGGCUUUACUGAUUUAGGAAGAACAAAUUUCUGCAUGUGUAAAAAUAGAAGAUUUGAAUGUUUAACUUUUAUCGUUGUAGUGGUUGAUGCUAAAAGAGUCUCUGUCGAACCCAGAUGCCUGGAUUAGACUUUAAAGCUAACAGAAUGUAUGUCAAAGCCAGAUCUUUGUUGUAGUGUUUGAAAUUAACAUAGUCUCUGUCAACCCAGAUACCUGUUUUAGAGUUUGAAGCUAACAGUCUUUGUCAAACUAUGGUCUAAGUUGUUGUGUAUGAAUCUAAUGUUAUGGAGUUUAUGUCAAACCCAGAUCUCUGGAGUAAUGUGAAAGUUACAGAUAUUAUAUCUCUGUUAUAGUCUUUGAAGCUAACUGAAAAUUCCAAAACCCAGAUCUCUGUUGCAGUGUUUGAAUUAAUCAAAGAGUUUGUGUCAAACCCAGAUCUGUGUUGUAAUGUUGAAGUUAACAGAGUCAUUGUCAAACCCAAAGUCUGAAGAUAGCAUUCUAUGUCAAACCCUGGUCUCUCUUGAAAAAGCCAUAACCUUAUUACUAGUAUUGCUGAGAUUUUCUUUCAAAAUUGUGUCACUGAAUGAGCCGUGCCAUGGGAAAGCCAACAUAGUGGCUUUGCGACUAGCAUGGAUCCAGACCAGCCUGCGCAUCCACGCAGUCUGGUCAGGAUCCAUGCUGUUCGCUAAUAGUUUCUCCAAUUCCAGUAGGCUUUAAAGCGAACAGCAUGGAUCCUGACAAGACUGCAUGGAUGUGCAGGCUGGUCUGGAUCCAUGCUAGUUGCAAACCCACUAUGUUGGUUUUCCCACGGCACGGCUCAAAUAUGGAAACCACAUAACAUGUGAAACUUUAUCAAAACUUUCUAUCUGGACUAUUUGGAAUUUUUAACUUUGACCAAAUGUUUUCAGAUUCUCAGUACAUCUCGAGUAUCAUGAGAUAACAUCAUAUGGCAAGUUUUAUAUUUCUGGCUUGUAUUUUUGCAAAAUUAUCCCCCCUUUUUACUUAGAAAAAUGGGAUAAAGCAUUUGUAUAAAAACAAGGAUUAAGCAGGAAGGCUUAAGAUUCACUUGUGGAUUUUAAAAUGUCUUUAGUAAGAUAAUGGAAUUAAUUAGUUCGUUAUACUACUAUGAAAGGUUGUAUUCAUGAUGUGUAAUGUGUGGUAUUAAAAAUGAGCUAUUUUGAAUGUUUUGUAAUACUUAAUUAUACCUGUAUAUGAAUUAAUAAUGAUUCUACUAGAUUCUAUAAAAUUUUAUUGUUGAAUGUGAUAGGUAAAUAAUUGAAUACUAAGUCUGUUAUUUAUGUAAAUAAUAAAGAAGAUGUGCAAUAAACAAAUUAAAUACUAA